GAUACAAACUAAAACUAAGAACACCGGUUAUAAUUUACUCUUUGAAGAAUUUUCAGUGAUUCUAUUUCUAAAACACUACCAUACGGGAUCGUCUUCAACCCCUCGACAAAUCGCCUGAAAACUGUCAAACAUCUUCUGCUCCGUCACCGAUCUCCACCAGAAUUAUGAGCGGCCACGAUUCCAAAUACUUCUCCACUACUAAGAAAGGAGAAAUUCCUGAACUCAAAGAGGAACUCAAUUCUCAGUACAAGGAUAAGAGAAAAGAUGCGGUCAAAAAGGUGAUUGCGGCUAUGACAGUUGGGAAGGACGUUUCAUCACUUUUCACGGAUGUGUUGAACUGUAUGCAAACGGAAAAUUUGGAGCUCAAGAAGCUUGUUUACUUGUAUCUCAUUAAUUAUGCUAAAAGUCAGCCUGACCUAGCAAUACUUGCAGUCAAUACCUUUGUUAAGGACACACAAGACCCGAAUCCUUUAAUCCGAGCUUUAGCGGUUCGCACAAUGGGAUGCAUUCGAGUUGAUAAAAUUACUGAAUAUCUUUGUGAUCCCCUCCAGAGGUGUCUCAAGGAUGACGAUCCUUAUGUUCGAAAAACAGCAGCUAUAUGUGUUGCUAAACUAUAUGACAUUAAUGCCGAGUUAGUUGAAGAUAGAGGUUUUCUGGAUGCUCUUAAGGAUCUGAUAUCUGAUAACAAUCCUAUGGUAGUCGCAAACGCUGUUGCAGCACUUGCUGAAAUUCAAGAUAAUAGUGCCACAUCCGUCUUUGAGAUCACUACUGCUACGUUGUCAAAGCUGCUUACAGCUCUAAAUGAAUGCACCGAGUGGGGUCAAGUUUUCAUAUUAGACGCCCUUUCUAAGUACAAGGCAGCUGAUGCACGCGAAGCUGAAAAUAUUGUAGAACGAGUUACUCCAAGACUGCAACAUGCAAAUUGUGCUGUAGUUCUUUCAGCUGUUAAGAUGAUCCUUCAACAAAUGGAACUCAUCACUAGUCCCGAUGUGGUUCGUAACUUGUGCAAGAAAAUGGCUCCUCCGCUUGUAACGUUACUUUCCGCAGAACCCGAGAUUCAAUACGUUGCGUUAAGGAAUAUUAAUCUUAUUGUACAACGACGGCCCACAAUCCUUGCUCAUGAAAUUAAGGUGUUCUUUUGCAAAUACAACGAUCCAAUCUACGUGAAGAUGGAAAAGUUAGAGAUUAUGAUAAAACUUGCUUCGGAUAGAAAUAUAGAUCAGGUUUUAUUGGAGUUCAAAGAAUACGCUACAGAAGUAGAUGUGGAUUUUGUCAGAAAGGCUGUUCGUGCUAUCGGGCGUUGUGCUAUUAAACUAGAGAGAGCAGCUGAACGUUGCAUUAGUGUUCUUCUUGAACUGAUCAAGAUUAAAGUAAAUUAUGUCGUUCAAGAAGCCAUUAUAGUGAUCAAGGAUAUUUUCAGAAGAUAUCCCAACACUUAUGAAUCUAUCAUUGCUACACUUUGUGAGAGUUUAGACACAUUAGAUGAACCAGAGGCUAAGGCAUCGAUGAUUUGGAUAAUUGGUGAAUAUGCAGAAAGAAUCGAUAAUGCCGAUGAACUUCUCGAAAGCUUUCUGGAGAGUUUCCCUGAAGAACCUGCACAAGUCCAAUUGCAGUUGUUGACUGCAACAGUCAAACUAUUCCUCAAGAAGCCAACUGAAGGGCCCCAACAGAUGAUUCAGGUUGUUUUGAAUAAUGCCACUGUGGAGACCGACAAUCCAGAUCUGCGUGAUCGUGCUUACAUAUAUUGGCGUCUUCUUUCAACAGAUCCUGAGGCUGCAAAAGACGUCGUUUUGGCUGAAAAACCGGUGAUAAGUGACGACUCAAACCAGUUUGAUUCAUCUCUCCUUGAUGAGCUGCUAGCCAACAUUGCGACUUUAUCUUCCGUGUAUCACAAACCACCCGAAACAUUUGUGACACGUGUGCGGACCCUACAGAAAACAGAAGAAGAAGAAGAGUUCCCUGAAGGGUACUCUGAAACAUCAUCCGCACAUGUUGCGGAUAACGGUGCAUCCCCGCCAUAUGCUGCAGCAACACAACCACCUCCUGCACCUGCUGCUGCUGUGCCGGAUUUACUCGAUCUUAUUGGUCUUGACGGUGAUGCUGGUGGAGAUAACGCCAUUGUAUCAGUUGAUCAGCCGGUACAGCCUACAGGGCCUCCAUUGCCUGUUCUACUACCAGCUGCAAGCGGUCAAGGUUUGGAAAUCAGUGCUCAAAUGGUGCGGAGAGAUGGUCAGAUAUUUUACAGCUUAAUGUUCGAGAACAAAACGCAAAUUCCACUGGACGGGUUCAUGAUUCAGUUCAAUAAGAACACGUUUGGUCUUGCUGCUGGUGGACCUCUCCAGGUCCCACAAGUGCAACCGGGAACAUCAGAAAGAACCCUUCUUCCUAUGGUGUUGUUUCAGAAUAUAGCACCGGGCCCACCAAACUCGGUUCUGCAGGUUGCUGUGAAGAACAACCAACAGCCUGUAUGGUACUUUAAUGAUAAAAUCUCACUGCUCGUGUUGUUUACCGAGGAUGGAAGAAUGGAACGUACCGCCUUUCUCGAGACAUGGAAGUCAUUGCCGGAUUCCAACGAGGUAACAAAAGACAUUUCUUCCAUCGUGAUAAACGAUAUUGAUGCAACCAUAGAGCGGUUAUCUUCUUCAAACAUGUUCUUUAUUGCCAAACGUAAGAACGGCAACCACAAUGUCUUGUACUUAUCAGCCAAAAUCCCACGCGGUAUCCCUUUCUUGAUUGAACUGACAACAGAUGUCGGUGUUCCCGGGCUUAAAUGUGCUGUUAAAACUCCAAACCCGGAAAUGGCCCCGUUAUUCUUUGAAGCACUUGAAACGAUCCUCAAGAGUUAGUUUACAUUUUUCUGCUCUUCACGUUUUUUGCUGUCUGUAUUUGUUAGUUAGCAUAUGUAUAGGUUUCGGCUAAGAUUGAUGAUGAAAAAUCUGUAUCUUUCGUUGUUGUUUUUAUGCGUGUCUUGUGGAACCAAAUGUCGCGGGUUAAAAAAGUUAUGAUUGUUGAGGUUGUUUCUGA